UAUUUGUUUUUAUUUAUUUUUGUUUGUUUAUUUAAUUUUAAGCCAAGGGUAUUAUGGAUAUUUUACUCUUUAAUGAAUGUCAUUUUUGUGAUUUUCUCUUUCUAGUGUUAUUUUUGAGAUAAAAACUGAAAAUGUGUUAUUAUUGACAAUUGUCCUAAAUUUAAGGCUCUAUCAGUAAUUGCAAAAUGAUGUAAGCAUAUGAGAUUUUAAAAAAUCAUUGUAAAAAAAAAAGCAAAUAGUUUUAGCUGUUAUUCAGUAGAGUUUUACGUAUAAUAUGUUUACGUUAAUUAUCAAAAACAAAUGUUUACGUCAGGCAUGACAGUGAUGAGUCUGAUGACACACCAUGAUACCAGAUGAAAUUUUCAUUACGACAGCAAAUAAAAAGUCUUCCUGUUUCUCUGUUUGUUUGUCUUCACAUUAAUUAAUGGUAAUCUUUUAGACAGUGACGGUAAACAAAACCAAAACAAAACAUCACCCAUACCCAGUAAUAUGACUGAUAAUUUCCCUUCGCAAUUUCCUAGAAACAAAACUAAGAGCACCCUCAACGCAAAUACCCAACUUGGGUUUCUUAUUUUGUUUUUUUUUUUUUUUGGCUGAUUUUUUUUUUUUUAAAAAAAAUUAAAAAGGAACUAAUUGCGGACUGCCACAUAUUAAUAGGGCCCGCGAAACAGUGCAAUAUACGUCCCUUAUUUCGCGACAGGAGACAACCGUCUCUCCCUUUUUGCUGGACCCCACACUACAUUUUCUCUUAAAAACUUUCGUUGCAUACCGCGAUAAUCAUGGCCUAAGAAAUCAAAUUUCAUAUCAACAUUUCUAAUUCCACUCCAUGAUUUACUUUAAAAUUGAAUUUGAAAUAAGAAAUAUUUUUACUUUAUUUCAUAAUAUAGUAAACAUAAAUUUAUUCCAUAAAUAAAAUAACUUUUUUAUUUUUUUAUUUAUUACUCUAUUUUUACUCAAAAAUGGAGUAUGGUUGAAAAUAAACCCAAAUCCAAUAUAUAAUUAUUUUAUUUUGAGUAAAAAGUUAAAUUUUUUACAUUGGAGAUGGUACUUUCUAAAAUAAAUAUCAGUUUAGUCAAAAUAGAAUCCAACGACUUUUUAAAAACCUUUUGGCCAAACUAGACUUUAUUGUGUCCACUUGUUUGACUUUCUUUCACACACACGUAGAACAAAGACAAAACGCGACUAUUCUUCUUCUCUUCGAUUCAUCCCUCGUGCUUCUCAUUAACACCAACCUUUUCUCCUCAAUUCUUCACCUUCUCCGAUCUCUGUUCACAUCUCUUUCUCUCUUCCUCGUGGAUCGAAAAGUUUCUAUAAUUCCUCUUUAUCUUCUAGCCUACAAAAACCUGUUCAAGAAAGCUAAAGAAGAACGAUCAAGAAUCAAAACUGGGAGAAGAACGAGACCCUGAUCUGUUCUGGAGUCUGAUGGGUUCUUGCUUCAGUUCUCGAGUCAAGGCUGAAAACCCUUUCAACGAUGGUAAGAGCAGCGUUCUUUACGGUCUAAGCAUGUCGAGCCGGAAGUCGACGGUGGCUGCGGCUCAGAAGACGGAAGGGGAGAUACUUGAGUCAACGCCGGUCAAGAACUUCACCUUCAACGAGCUCAAACUUGCAACUAGAAAUUUCAGACCGGACAGUGUGAUCGGCGAAGGUGGGUUCGGUUGUGUCUUUAAAGGGUGGUUGGAUGAAACCAGUCUCACUCCGACUAAACCAGGAACCGGUUUAGUCAUCGCGGUUAAAAAGCUUAACCGAGAAGGUCUUCAAGGUCACCGUGAAUGGCUGACAGAGAUUAAUUAUUUGGGACAGUUGAGUCACCCGAAUCUAGUCAAACUUAUUGGUUACUGCUUGGAGGAUGAACACCAUCUUUUGGUAUACGAGUUUAUGCCAAAAGGAAGCCUUGAGAAUCAUUUAUUCAGAAGAAGUACAUAUUUUAAACCCCUCCCAUGGUUCCUAAGGAUCAAGGUUGCGCUUGAUGCAGCAAAAGGGAUUGCUUUUCUACACAGUGACCCUGUCAAAGUCAUAUACCGCGACAUUAAAGCCUCCAACAUUUUGCUUGACGCGGACUAUAAUGGGAAACUCUCUGACUUUGGGCUAGCUAGGGACGGUCCAACGGGUGAUCUAAGCUAUGUUAGUACAAGGAUUAUGGGUACAUAUGGGUACGCUGCUCCUGAGUAUAUGUCAUCAGGUCAUUUAAAUGCAAGAAGCGAUGUGUACAGUUUUGGAGUUGUGCUUUUAGAGAUUUUGACGGGUAAACAAGCGUUGGACGAUAACAGGCCGGCUAACGAAGAAAGCCUUGUGGAAUGGGCUCGACCGCACUUCGCAAGCAAACGCAAGGUUCUCCAAAUCGUGGACGCUCGGCUAGAGACACAGUACCUACCCGAAGAGGCGGUGAGAUUGGCUAGCAUUGCGGUUCAGUGUCUCUCGUUGGAACCCAAGGCGCGUCCGACCAUGGACCAAGUGGUCCGUGCGUUGCAGCAACUUCAGGAUAACUUGGGAAAACUAACUCAGACCGAUCCGGUUAACAAGACACAACGUUUUAAAACCGGAGCUAAGUUACCAGAGAAACGGUCCAAAUAAAAACCUUUUGGGCGCCUAAGCUUUAUUUGACAUGCCUUUUGAGACUUGGAGCUGGUCAAUGGUAAUGGACAUCCCUUUUUCUAAUGAAUGAUUAGUACUGCGAAAAUCCGUUUAUAAGCAGAUAGAGUAUGGUUAUGGACAAACCAUGCAGGUCGGAGACUAUACUAAUAAUGGAGAAGUACCACCAUACACAAACUUAGAGAACAUGUGUUUAGCCUUUAGGCUUUCCUCGUGUGUUGUGGUAUCUAGUGAAAGUAUAUAUGAACGAAGUUAUUUUCUUCUUCAUGUGUUGAAACCACUCUUUGUAUUAUUUUUUUGGUUCCUCAAUACAUUUGGUGUAGAGAUUUUCCUUUCUCUCCAGUUUUGGAAUCGAUUGUUUUCAAA